CCGGUAACAGAGCGAGAACCAGGGGUGUGACUCGGGACGCUCUACGUCUUCUCUGAUUUCUCCUUGUUCAAUUUGCUAUUAAUGAUCUAUCCUCGCUUGCACCGCAUGCGUAAUUCACAGUAAUAAAAAUAAUAGGGGUGCUGGAGAAUUUGGGCAGGAUUAGUUCACCUGGUAGCAAGCCGAGUCAUUUUAUUUCUUUUGUUUUGCAAUUACGGCAGCUGGCUGUUUAGUUAUCUUUUUGCCUACCAUUAGUAGUCUAAGCUUGUAGCUAACACAGACAUCAGACAUGGACGAAAAGGCGUUCACGAAGGAACUAGAUCAGUGGAUCGAGCAACUGAACGAGUGCAAGCAGCUUUCGGAGAACCAAGUCAAGACGCUGUGUGAAAAGGCUAAGGAAAUCUUAACAAAGGAGUCUAACGUGCAGGACGUGCGAUGUCCAGUCACAGUGUGUGGCGAUGUCCAUGGACAGUUUCACGACCUGAUGGAGCUCUUCAGAAUAGGCGGGAAAUCCCCGGACACCAAUUACCUGUUCAUGGGCGACUACGUGGACAGGGGCUACUACUCAGUGGAAACAGUCACACUGCUUGUAUCUCUUAAGGUUAGGUACCGUGAACGCAUCACAAUUCUACGAGGGAACCACGAAAGCAGGCAGAUCACACAGGUGUAUGGUUUCUAUGACGAGUGCUUGAGGAAAUACGGGAACGCCAAUGUUUGGAAAUACUUCACAGACCUCUUUGAUUAUCUUCCCCUCACUGCACUGGUAGAUGGGCAGAUAUUUUGUCUUCAUGGAGGCUUGUCCCCAUCAAUAGACACGUUGGAUCACAUCCGAGCCCUUGACCGCUUACAAGAAGUUCCACAUGAGGGGCCCAUGUGUGACUUGCUGUGGUCAGACCCAGAUGACCGCGGGGGCUGGGGUAUUUCCCCCAGAGGAGCCGGCUACACCUUUGGACAGGAUAUCUCAGAAACCUUCAAUCAUGCCAACGGCUUGACGCUGGUCUCCAGAGCUCAUCAACUAGUGAUGGAGGGGUACAACUGGUGCCAUGAUCGCAACGUGGUAACGAUUUUCAGUGCACCUAAUUACUGCUAUCGCUGUGGCAACCAGGCAGCUAUCAUGGAACUUGAUGACACUCUUAAAUACUCCUUCCUACAAUUUGAUCCUGCACCCCGUAGAGGAGAACCCCACGUGACCCGACGCACCCCAGACUACUUCCUGUAAACACCCCUGGUCUCCUGCGCAUUUGAACAGCACUGCAGUUUAUUAAUAUACAUCCAUUAAUAUAAAGUCAUCUAAAAAACAGAGAGAGAUGGGCAACCAUACAAACUUGUGUAUUCAAACAAUUAUUUAAGCUUUCAAAAAAAAAAAAAAAAAAAAGAUCUUUACAAGGACCAAAUGGUGUGCCAUAUUCAAAAUGAAUCACAAACAUACUUUGUUCAAAAAGACUCCAUGCAUGACCUACAGUGUUUUUCUUUUUUUUAAUCUGCAGGUCUUCAGGUUCUUUCAGUAAACACUUUGUAUCAAAGUUAUGAGAUAAUGAUACAAACUCAAAGUGACACUUGGGACCUAAUGAUUAAAAAUAAUUCCACAUAACUUUGGUUUUACUCACUAUGACAGUAGAUCGAAGGUAGCAGUAAACAAACAAUGGCCUCGGAAAAACUGCAAUAUUUAUUUUCAGGGAAUUUCCUUCCAUUUCUGUCUGUGCUUUUUUAUUUUAUCACAUGGUUCACAUUUACCCUUUAUGUUUAUGGAGCAAGAUAUCCAGUCAUUUUUAUAACACCAGUAGAAAGUAACUUUGAAUUCUUUCCACAGUUAAGUGCUGUAGAAUGUAUCCAACUCAGAUUCAUGCAGAAGCCACGCAAUAAAUUGGCAUUGUGGAAGUGGUAGCAGUAACAUUGUAAAUGGUACACGUCUCCUGAAGACUCGCUAAAUAAAGAUGGACGUUGCUCAUUCAAAA